CCUGGAUUUUGGUGUAAUCGAAUGAUCCCCAAACUGCUGACACGGUCUGAUCUGUCGCAUUGGGUGCCAUCCAUACGUCGAGAACUGUGUGCUCCGUUCUUCGCCUUCCCAUUCAGUAUUGUCAUGGUAACGGAUUAUGCCAUGUACCUCCUAACACCCAGACAGUUCACAGAUGCCGUGUGUUGCUGCCUGGGUGUGCUAUGGACUGCACGUGCUCUACUGCAUGAGAGUGGGCUGAGCUGGCUGGUGUUUGUCAUCGCGUCUUCUGAGUCUGUGUUGACCAUCCUGUUCCUGCAUCGAUUGCAAGCAAGGAUCGAUCAAGUGGUAUGUUGGAUAAUCCCGCCUGUGGUGUGA